UGGACUUUGGCAGCUGCACCCGGGGAGCAGAAGAGAAGGGCCCCGGGGGCCUCCCAGCAGGGUUUCUUCUGCAUGGGACCAUUAAUACAAAUCCAGUGUCCACUUGAACAGCUGCAUUCUUGUUGGAGCUAAAAGUCAGUUGGAGAUCCCCGUUCCCGCUCCGUCUCAUGUGAACGAGGCUCCACGUUUCCCUGCCUCUGUCCCUACACUUUGCUUUGAGAAUAACUCUCCUUGUCCUGCUCGUAGCUAGAACCUGGUGAUGGACCCCCGGGCCCCUGCCUGGCUGCCCCAGCCAGCCCUGGGGGGGUGGGGAGAGGCUCAGCAUGGCCCCCCACCCCAGCCCCGACGGCAGCUCCUCCGUGCAGGACCCCCAGCCCGGCCUGGCUCCUGGGAUGGGAGCCACCUUCCCAGCCAACCCUGGGAUGAGGGUCACCAGCCCCGGAGGAGUGCCCAUGGACCUGUUUCCUGGGCUGAGUACCCCAACCAGCCAUACUCCAGGCAAGGAUAUGAAGACCCCCACUGGCAGUAUCGAGCAGGCACUUAUGGGGAUGACUACACCUACCAAAGCCACCAGUGGCAGCCGGUGGCCUGGCAGGGUGACAGAGGUACAGGGUUAUCCUUUGGCUCUGGGGAUGAGGGCAGCUCGCUUGAAAGGAGAAGAGACCUGAGGCAGGGAGAGACUUACAGCAAGAGUACCAAGUACCAGGACCAGCACUACUACAGGGGGUACCACCCCAACCUAGCUGCCAGCCCCCCGGGGCAGGACAGGACUCAGGCCUACAGCUCCUCUGAGGACAACUAUAUCCUGGCUGCCAGGAGGGCAGGGGGAGAAACCCUCAGCAGUGAUUUGGGGGAGACUGGGGGCCAGCCCCAAGAGCCCGCGGGCCAGCCCAGCCUGCUCCUGCAGUACCGGGAGGCAGGGCUCAGCUCCAGCAGCCACGAGCUCAGCCAGUACAUCCGUGAUGGUGCUGACAGCUACGGCCCUACACCUCUGGGGAUCUGGAGCCCAGCACCAGCAGGGGGGCCCUUGGUGUCCAGCCCAGCCCUGGUGGUACCCCUCAAGUUUUCACUGCCACAUGUGGCCAUCUGCUUUGGAGCUGGAGGCCAGCUGGUGCUGGUGUGUCCCCACCACCCUGCUGAGGGCCAGCUAGCCCACGUGGAAAUACACAGCAUGGAGAUAAUCCUUCAAGACACCAAAGAGCUGGAGGAGCUGCAGGCCUUUCCAGGGCCCCUGGCCAGGGAAGACCUGCACAAGGGGGACGUGAUGACGUUUUGUCAGCAGAAGAUCACAAGCUGUGAUCUCUCAACACAGAGGGGCAGGGAUUCAGCUCUUCUCUGGAAACUCCUGGUCCUCCUCUGCCGGCAGAACGGGUCCAUGGUGGGCUCAGACACGGCGGAGCUGCUGAUGCAAGACUGCAAGGGCCGGGAGAGGUACAAGAGGCAAGACCCCCCGACAAACCUGGUGGGCCUGACGGACGAUGAGUGGGUGUCGCGUCAGCCGGGGACGCUGGACCUCAUCACAGGGGAGGUCCCUCCCGUGGUGGAGACACAGGCACAGAUAGUGGAGAAGUUCACCAAGCUCCUCUACUAUGGCAGGAAGAAAGAUGCUCUGGUCUGGGCCAUGAGGAACCAGCUGUGGGGCCAUGCCCUCUUCCUCUCCAGCAAGAUGGACCCUCGGACUUACAGCUGGGUGCUCACUGGGUUCACCAGCACACUGGCCACAAAUGACCCCCUGCAGACCCUCUUCCAGCUCAUGUCAGGAAGGAUCCCUCAGGCAGCUCUGUGCUGUGGGGAUGCCACAUGGGGAGACUGGAGGCCUCACCUGGCUGUGCUGCUGUCCAACAAGGUUGGAGACAUGGAGCUGAACCACCGGGCCAUCAUCUCCAUGGGGGACACUCUGGCUGGCAGGGGGGCAGUGGAAGCAGCUCAUUUCUGCUACCUGAUGGCAGACACUCCUUUUGGCUACUUUGGGGCCAAGACAGACCGCAUGGCUCUGCUGGGCAGCAGCCACUGUCAGACAUUUGCCCAGUUUGCCAGGACAGAGGCCAUCCAGAGGAUGGAGAUCUUCGAGUACUGCCAGCAGCUCCGACAGCCUGAAGCCUUACUGCUCCCCUUCCAGGUGUACAAGCUCCUCUAUGCCUCCCGCCUGGCCGACCACGGGCUCCCAGCCCAGGCCCUGCAGUACUGUGAGCACAUUGCCACUGCACUCCUGGGCCAGGGCCCAGCCACCCACCCUGUCCUGGCCCAACAAGUGAUGAAGCUAGCUGAGAGGCUGAAGCUCUCUGACCCAUUGCUCCUGGAGAUGCCAGAGCAGGACCAGACACUGGAGCCAGAAUGGCUGGUACAGCUCCGAGCCUGCUGCCAGGAGUGGGAGGUGGAAGAUGACCUCCCUCCGGAGGUGGCACCUGCUCAGUUAGAGCUCUCCUGUGCUGCUGCCUCGACUGCAGAUGGAGAGUCUGGCCAGGAGCUUUCACAGGGUGAUGAAGGCUACCAGUAUGACCAGUGGUACGAGCCUCUGCCACUCCGGGUACCCAGCUCCCAGGAGGAUGUGUCUCUUCGGUCCCCAGCACCUGCUCAGGUCACAGCAUCACCCCAGCUCAGCGUUGGGCAGGAGCUCCAGCCCCCAGGGAGGGCUGCCCCUCCGGGAGGGGUUUUUGUUGAGCCCCCUCCAGAGGUGGUGUCACCAGCAGGAGAAGCUGGGGAGCCCCAGGGCACCCUACUCUCCCUCAGGGACAUGCAGCCAUCCCUCCCAGCAGGACAGGAUGAGUUCAAGGCAAGGGCUCGGACCAUCUCGGAAUGUUCCACUGUCUCCUUGGAAGAUGACAGCAGGCCUUCCUUGGAGAGUGCAGCUGAAGAUGCUGAUGAAAAGCCAGCACCAGCAGAGGCUGUGAAGGCAGGUGAAGAUAAGGGCUCUGGAUUCAGGUGGUUUGGCUGGUUUCGGUCAAAGCCCACCAAGGAGACAUCUCCUACAGCCACACCUGAGGCAGCCUCUGACUCCCCCACACCGGAAUCACAGGAACAGACAUCUCCAUCCUCCCUCAGUGCUCCUCUGGCUGCUGGGACAGGGGCUUCGGCGCUGCCUCUGCUCAGAAACCCCAGAGGAAUGCAAGGUGAAAAUUCCUUUUCUAUGAUUCCAGUGUCUACCGAGGUGAAAGGCUCGUGGGGCACAGAUGGUGGGGAGCCAGCAGGAGAGCAGCCUUUCCAGGUCAACUCCCAUCAACCUCUUCCACCAGUGAGAACAAUCCCCCUCUUCAACCCUACCCAGGUCUCCCAGCUCGUUGCUGCCUCUCGACCCAGCCAACCCAGGCUGCUUUCCCAGCGUCGCUACCCCAACCCUCUGUGAGCAGGGGGGGCAGAAAUAACAGUGGAAAGGUUUUAACCAAAAAAAAA